AUGGUAGGCUGAUCCGUAGCCGGGUUUGGAGUCUUCUGGGAGUCAAAGUAGUGUGGCGCGUGCCAGUUGCCUGCACUGCGCAACAAGUGGGAAAGCCACCGCAGUGAUCCGAGCGAGGGUGCUGUGUUGUGGGAAAGCUAGCCGGUUUCUCUUCGCCCCACUGGAAGCCAGGAACGGCUCCUCCCAACCCUCCCCGCCUCCCACUCUGAGACGAGAGCCCCACCAAAAGACCAACUCAUCCCCACUCCCCCAUCCCCGGCUUAGCCGAGCGCUGUUAAGCCUGCCCUUGGCCUCCAGGACCCCUUUUCUACGUGGGAAUCAGUUUAUUCCCUACUGUUUUGCUGGUCGACCAGUGUUUGGUAGAAAGCUCUGGUAAUGCCGUUGACUGCCUUCUGCUUUUUGAAGACAUGUGCACCCUUUCUUUCUCUUCCCAAUACAUUCAGCCUUUCGGGCUGGAAGAAUCAAGGUAUACUACAUGAACGCAGCUCCAGAUACCGCGUUUUGGUUGCUAGAGGCCUGAGCAUCGGGAAGAAGGAAUUACAUCUAGUAAAUUCAGUGUUUUCCAGCUUUGCCCUAUGGAGGCACCCCCCCUUCCCUUAAGAGACAACAACAGCAAAAAGGUGGGGGGCAGUCGGGUGUGGAAGGCUGUGGCCGCGCGGCGAUUUUCGCACGGACUGAGUCCGCCACCUAGUGGUGGGUCCUGGCUGAGUUCCCCGCCUAGGGCAGUGGACCGACCGCGUCACCUACGGGUCCCCAAGUAUCCCAACCAGGUGCUAGGACUGACAGAGGGGAGGGUACCCUCCAAUGAGGAUGACACCCAACCUCCAAAGUUUUGGUACGAUGGAUGAAAAUUAGAAAGCCUAAGGAUGCUUGCUCCAUUCACAGCCACUCAGCGACGGGCAUCUGUCUCCGCUAAGAGAACCGAAAAGUACCCGAUUCUGAAAACACGAUUUCCCAGUCUCUGUGGCCUCUCCCCCGGAAAAGUCAAUACUGGAGGGAUGCCACAGGGGCUCUAGGACAUAUAUCGCUUUACAGUUGAGGAAACAGGCCUGAUGAGAGGGUUAAUGGCGAGUUAGUGACCUAACCGGAACCAGAUUUUAAGCUUCUGAAUUCCAGGUCAGUGACUUAAAGUCAAAGGCGAGUUUAUCUCCGCCCCUUUGAGUUAUCUAAGAGAAAGGAGCAGAAGUCAGAGGGAGCCAUGAUUUUAACCUCUUAGGUAACCAUUGUUGGAAAGGGUUCCCCAGCUGUCCCCGAGGAAUUUGUUUAGAAAGCAUGGCCCAAGAUUUUCAGUCACAGACAUGAAAAGCCUACGGUAGUGCUCAGGGGUGGGAGUCUUAUUUCUUGGGAGGGGGCUGUGCGUUGUGUUAGGGCGUGAUUAAAGCCCAGUCCCUAGACUUGCAGAGAUGCACCUCGCUGCUCCCGAGGCUCACAUUUGGAUCCUGAAAUAGCUCUCUUCCCCUUCUUUCCAAACUUUGUUUAGUGGCUUGGCGAGAAAUCAGUUGUGUGUGUGUGGGUCCUAUGGACCGGCAGAGUGAAAUCCACAACAGCUUCUCAGCAAAGUUUUCUUUCUCGGAGCUCAAAUUUUAAGAUGGCAAACGCGCGACCGAGUGCUGGCGGCCCCUAGCGACCGCAGGAGCGCACACCCGCGGGAGAAGCCGUUGUUUCCACCGCCCUGGUCCGCCGGAAUCGAGUUCCGCCUCUCCCGCUGCGGGAGCUGUUGGAGGCCGCGUCGGAGAAACGCGCCUCUGUUCGGGUUGGAAACGAAUCUGGGGACGGGUUUGAAGAGCGGUCAAGUUUGACUCAUCGCUUUCCAAGGACAGUUAGUGCCUUCCAUCUUCAUUAACGUGAAUAAAGACCUUGGCUGACUUCUGUCCAGAUCGGAUUUUUAAAGGCAUUGUUUGUCUGGGGAGAUCAUGCCUCCCCCCUCUCCCGCCAGACUUUUUGCAAAGGCCGAGUCCGGUCCAGCCAGGAUGGCCAAAAUAUCUUUGCUCGUGGUCGGCUGGCAUCGACUGCCGGCCCUUUCUGGAAGGCUGUCACGAGCUGGGCGCCUGGGGAGCGUCCUUUCUGCAGCUCCUCUUCAGAUCUUGAUGAUAAAACACAUCCCUCUAUUUUAUUGCAUUUCCUAGAAGCUUGCAGGCUUGCAAGAGCGCUGUUGGCAGGAAGUGUGAUAGAAAUGAAAGUCAGGACAUAAUGUCCCUGAACACCUCCUCGGUCACCCAAAGCGACUGCCAAGGCCACCGCGUUAUCAAAUUCACUUUCAUCUACUGUCUUCCUACCCUCCCGCCCCCCAGCCAAGAGUGCGAGGAGUGUUUCUCCCCCCAAACAAAAACAACUCGGCGGUUUGACCCUACCCCGCCACCUCCAGAUCACCAUGGCUAGACCCGAGCAGCUCAUUAGCUGAGACGCUGCGGAGAAAGGGAGCGCUCCGAAAGGAGCCCUGAUGCUGGUUCCACUGCGGCAGCUCCAACCUUAUUAAGAUCCCCCGUCCCUGCCCCUAAAGAGUGCUCCGCACUUCCAGAUUCUCCUUUGGAUUUCUCAACGAGUUAUUGGAGUUAUUAGAUGACCAAUAAUCCAAAACCCGAACGGGAUAUUGAAGGGGGAAGGGCGGAAGGCAUUCUCCAAAUCGGGAGACUGUGUCUAAACUAGGUCAAUGGGAAGGAGGGGCGGGGCGACAAGGAGUUGUCGGUUUUAAGCCUUGAUGGAGGGCUCCCUCUAGUGUUAGGCAGCGGUAAAACAUGAUUAGGUUUGAGCUAGUCCUGGAACCACUGGCCUCCUAAUUUCCAAUAAAUGCAUUUACUUAAUUUUAGCUUCCCUUCCUAGAUUCUCAUCCCAUCCCAUAUUAAAUUUCAGCCUUCGCUUUCACCUUUAUCCCACCGGGCGAAGGGAUGAGAAAGUGGGAUUUUAUGAAGCCAGAGAGGCCCAGUCUUUACUGACCCCGCCUCCGCUGCUGAUGUGAUGCGCGGCGCACUGUGACGCUACCCGCCAGUUUUAGGAGUGGACUGCGGCCUUACAGGUUGCAUCUUUCGCGCCCCCUACUCCCCACCUCCCGGCCCCCAAAAGUGCCCCUCGGAGCCCGAUACUGAGACCGAUUAGGCGAUGGCGCCCAGGGAUUAUAAUUCCGAGAAAGGCCACGGGAAGGCGAGGCAACCUUGGAGCGCGCCCGUGAACGCGAUAGGGUUUGCGCCCAGGGCCCUGCCGAAUCCCGACCUUUUCUCUAUGGUUUCGGAGAAAUCGGAUUCGGAAAUUCCGAAAUCUGGCCAGGUUCGGCCUGACAGCUCCUAUUCUAAAGAUCUUAGGCGGAAACCGAGCCGAGCUGGGUUCGCCUUCUUGCCAACGUAGGCGGAAGGGGCUUUCGGUUUAGUUUUCCUCCAACUCGGCUGGGGAGCGCUGGAUGGAGACCCUCAGUCCUCGGGAUUCCAUCUUUUUUACCUUGAGGCCUCGCCUAACCACUCCCUUUAAAACAGGGGGAGGGGCGGGGGGGCAAGCAAAAUGAGAGAAAGAAAGAUAAAAAAAGACACACCAGGCAAACAAACACCGGAAUUCGGCAACUUGAAGUCAUGAAAUAAGCCGGGGAUUGGACGCGAAAUCCUGGGUUCUAGACCAGCUGUGCCUGACUUUCCCUAUUUAUAAAAUUGUUAUGGGGAAAGGGUUGAACUAGGUGAACUGUAGGAGUUCUGGACCGGGAGCGGACGAGGUAUUUAGGGGAAAGUGUGCCGUAUUCCUCGCGAGCCUCCUCCCCGGGCGCCCACCCCCUCCGCCAACCUCGCCGGGUGAAUCCCCGGCGGCCCGCGCGGCGCAGGCUGCGAUCCUGGCGGCCGUCCGGGCCGGCAGCUUCCUGGAAAGUUACUUCUCGUUGGAGCCGGCGAUAGGCAGAGAGUGUUCUUUGAAAUCCGCUGAGUUGAGAUCGACUACGUUCCGGGAAUGAGAGGGUUGUGCCAUUCCCCUCACUGCCCCCUGCCUUGACGGCGUAACAGGAAAAAAAAAGAGAAAGAAAAAAGGCACACAUAAUGUUCGUUACCGAGGUGCACGAAAAGUUUUUUUUGAAUGUAACCAAAUUAAGGGCUGCCACCGGGGUACCGCCGGGCCUCCGCCGCGCCUGCGGGGGCUUCGAGGUGGACGGGCCGCGGUGCGGGCAGCACGCCCGGGGGUGGGCGGUCCCUGGCAGACAGGUACGGUGUGAUGGGGGUGGGCGAAUCUGCGGAUCUGCGCGGGCUUGCCCUGGCCGCACGGCUCGAUUUUGUGCCCUUGUGUGUGAGCAAGAGACGGGGGCUGCCUCUGGAGGCGGGAGGGAAAGGCUGGGGUCUUUCAUAUUGGAUGGCUUUCCUCUCCUCACCUCUUGUCUCUCUCCCUCUCCUUUAUGCUGUCUUCUUUCUCUUUGACUUUUUGGAGGGGGAGUUCCCUCUUCUUUUCUUCUUCAGACCCUUUAAAGGAUCUGCCUUCUCAAGGUGCCUCAUUGAAAAUACACAGGGAAAGCGCCAAAGGGAAAGUGUGUGGGGUGAAAAAGACCAUGUUUAGCUCUCACUUGGUGGUUUCCGCGACUGGGGCUGGCUGGGGUGGGGAGAGCCCACGUCUGGGCCCUUGCAGAUGUCAGUUUCUCCUUGACAGCUCUGCUCUCUUGGUUGUUUCUGUGGAAUGAGUCUUGCGUUUGGCAUUGGUGGGAUGGCCGAAGCUAGGAGACGGCGUUCGUCCUGGGCUUUGCUUGGAAUUAGUUCUGAGAUCUUGGGCGAGACAUCCCCUGGAGCCUCGGUGGCCUCCGAGCAAAUGGGGGCUGGUAUUGUUAUCAGCCACAAUCAUGGAUGGGAAGGAGCUGAGUGGUCCCCAAAACCAAACCAGAUGCUGUAGUGCUCCCACACCUGCAGCAUCUAGAGGGCGGCAGCGUUGCCCACGCCCACUGUAACCCACAUACUCACUAGUUGUGGGGCUCCGAAGACAAAGCUAGCUGAGAAAGGAGUGGACUUAAUAAGGACAGGGGCCUUAGUGUAUGUGCCUUGCUUUUGGUCAAGCCAGGCCGAGAGGUUUACAGUGGAAAGUGCCCAGCCUAGGGCCUGGCUGACAGUGGACCCAGGGGAAUUGUUUUGUUUGUUUGUUUCAUUCCGCAUCUGGAGUGAGUCAUUGCCACUUGUCAAGGUGAAAUGGCAAAUCUGGGCUUCCUGUGGUUCCAAAAGUCUGUGACUGGAAAUCCACAGGCAAGAUGGUGUUUGAAGCUUGUUCCAGGGCAGCCUUAGGUAUUCCAGAAGGGUUGAGGGAUCUCUUCCACGGGGGAAGAGGGGAAGGUUUAUAAAUAAACCUCACAUGUGUCUUCCGCAUUCGUUUUCCAAGGAGACCAUCCUUGGACUUUGGUUAGGACCCAUUCAGUGUAUCUCUCUUUGCCCAUCUUGAGUUAGAAUGGGGAGAGGAGGAAAUAAAUAGGUUCUUUUGUCUUUUUCUAUCCUCUCCCUUCCCCCAUUUCCUUCCCCCAUCCCCACUCACUCACAUGCACACAUUAACCUUGAAGCCGAUGAGACUGAGUGACUGGCACUUGGGACCACAGAGAAAUGUCAGAGUGUUUGGUUACAGACUCAAGGAAACCUCUCAUUUUAGAGUGCUCAUUUGGUUUUAAGCAAAAUUUUGGACUGUGAAUCAAGGCAUUGGGUGAAGAAAAAAAUGGCCUCGCCGGCUGACAGCUGUAUCCAGUUCACCCGCCACGCCAGUGACGUUCUUCUCAACCUUAAUCGCCUCCGGAGCCGCGACAUCUUGACGGAUGUUGUCAUAGUAGUGAGCCGGGAGCAGUUCCGAGCCCAUAAGACGGUCCUCAUGGCCUGCAGUGGCCUGUUCUACAGCAUCUUCACAGACCAGCUGAAAUGCAACCUCAGUGUGAUCAACCUGGAUCCUGAGAUCAACCCGGAGGGGUUCUGCAUCCUCCUGGACUUCAUGUACACAUCUCGGCUCAAUCUGCGGGAGGGCAACAUCAUGGCCGUGAUGGCCACAGCUAUGUACCUGCAGAUGGAGCAUGUUGUGGACACUUGCCGGAAGUUCAUCAAGGCCAGUGAAGCAGAGAUGGUCCCUGCCAUUAAGCCUCCCCGUGAAGACUUCCUGAACAGUCGGAUGCUGAUGCCCCAGGACCUCAUGGCCUAUCGGGGCCGGGAGGUGGUGGAGAACAGCCUGCCCCUGAGGAACGCCCCUGGGUGUGAGAGCAGAGCCUUCGCGCCCAGCCUGUACAAUGGCCUGUCCACGCCGCCAGCCUCGUACCCCAUGUAUGGCCACCUUCCGGUCAGCAGCUUCCUCUUCUCCGACGAGGAGCUGCGGGAUGCCCGGAUGCCUGUGGCCAACUCCUUCCCCAAGGAGCGGACCCUCCCCUGCGAGAGUGCCAGGCCAGUCCCCAGUGAGUACAGUCGGCCGGCCAUGGAGCUGUCCCCCACUGUGGGCCACAACAACGUGUACUCACCCAAGGAGGCAGCCCUGGAGGAGGCGCGGAGUGAUAUGCACUACAGUGUGGCCGAGGGCCCCAAGCCUGCUGCCCCCUCGGCCCGGAGCGCCCCGUACUUCGCCUGUGACAAGGCCGGCAAAGAGGAAGAGAGGCCCUCGUCGGAGGAUGAGAUCGCCCUGCAUUUCGAGCCGCCCAAUGCACCCCUGAACCGGAAGGGUCUGGUGAGCCCGCAGAGCCCCCAGAAGUCCGACUGCCAACCCAACUCACCCACGGAGUCCUGCAGCAGCAAGAACGCCUGCAUCCUCCAGACCUCCGGAUCCCCUCCGGCCAAAAGCCCCACUGACCCCAAAGCCUGCAACUGGAAGAAGUACAAGUUCAUCGUGCUCAACAGCCUCAACCAGAAUGCCAAACCAGAGGGGCCCGAGCAGGCCGAGCUGGGCCGCCUUUCCCCUCGAGCCUACACUGCCCCGGCAGCCUGCCAGCCGCCCAUGGAGCCCGAGACCCUUGACCUCCAGUCCCCAACCAAGCUCAGCACCAGUGGGGAGGACUCCACCAUCCCACAGGCCAGCAGGCUCAAUAACAUCGUCAACAGGUCACUGACCGGCUCCCCACGCAGCAGCAGUGAGAGCCACUCUCCGCUCUACCUGCACGCCCCCAAGUGCACGUCCUGUGGCUCUCAGUCCCCGCAGCACGCAGAGAUGUGCCUCCACGCCACUGGUCCCACGUUCCCCGAGGAGCUGGGAGAGACCCAGUCUGAGUACUCAGAUUCCAGCUGUGAGAACGGGGCCUUCUUCUGCAAUGAGUGUGACUGCCGCUUUUCUGAGGAGGCCUCCCUCAAGAGGCAUACGCUGCAGACCCACAGUGACAAACCCUACAAGUGUGACCGCUGCCAGGCCUCCUUUCGCUACAAGGGCAACCUCGCCAGCCACAAGACCGUCCACACGGGUGAGAAGCCCUAUCGCUGUAACAUCUGCGGGGCCCAGUUCAACCGGCCAGCCAACCUGAAAACCCACACCCGAAUUCACUCCGGAGAGAAGCCCUACAAGUGCGAAACGUGCGGAGCCAGAUUUGUCCAGGUGGCCCACCUCCGUGCCCACGUGCUCAUCCACACUGGCGAGAAGCCCUAUCCCUGUGAAAUCUGUGGCACCCGUUUCCGGCACCUUCAGACUCUGAAGAGCCACCUGCGAAUCCACACGGGAGAGAAACCUUACCAUUGUGAGAAAUGUAACCUGCAUUUCCGUCACAAAAGCCAGCUGCGUCUUCACUUGCGCCAGAAGCACGGUGCCAUUACCAACACCAAGGUGCAAUACCGUGUGUCCGCCACUGACCUGCCCCCGGAGCUCCCCAAAGCCUGCUGAAGCAUGGAGUGUUGAUGCUUUCCAUUCGAGCCCCUUCUCAGAAUCUACCCAAAGGAUACUGUAACACUUUACCAUGUUCAUCCCAUGAUGUAGUGCCUCUUUCAUCCACUAGUGCAAAUCAUAGCUGGGGGAGUGGGGG